UCCGUAAGAGUCAUAUUCUAAUCCUUUUCACUCUUCACAGUAAUACGACAGACGUGCCCCAUAGCUUCGAGAACGUCUCACUGAAAACCGUUCUACAGCACGUGGAGGCCACGCCCAACAUAGGCCUGUAUGCCCUGUGUGGCAUUCGCAAGUGGAGUAGUGGCAUGCCCCCCCCCGCCGCGCCCUUCUCUCGCUGCCACGUCCACGACUUCGUCAUGCUUAACGUGGACCUGACCCAGAACGUCCAAUAUGACCUGAACCGCUACAGCCACGAGGAAGUGGACUUUAACCUGCGCGCCAACGGCAGCGGGCUGCUUAUCUGCCGUUUCAACCACUUCAGCUUCAUGAAGAAACACAUGACCACCGGGGGGCGCAAGGACGUUGUUAUCAAACCUAAGCUACUGGUACCAGAAGGCCCCAAUCCCAUCAGCCCCUCGCAGUAUGUGUGUGCCCCAGACAGCGAGCACAUGCUGCUGGCCGCUCCAGCCCAGGUCCUACUGGAGACCUUCUUGCAGCACAACGGCAGCAAACUGUUCCCCAAAGCCGUGAGCAAUGGCACCAACCCUCUGCUGUCUGUCGACAGCUACCUUAACAUUGGCCCAGAGAUUGCAGUAUGCUACCUCAGCUCCAGGCCGCACUCAGUCAAUCUGGACCACAAGGGCGUUGUGUUCAGUGGGCUCCUCCUGUACCUCUGUGACUCGUUUGUGGUGCCCAGUUUUCUCAAGAAGUUCAAAUUCCUCAAAGGUGCUACUCUAUGUGUGAUCUGCCGGGACCGCAGCUCCUUACGGCAGACCAUCGUGAGGCUGGACCUAGAGGAUGAAUGGCAGUUUCGUCUGAGAGAUGAAUUCCAGACAGCCAACGCCAAUGAAGACCAACCUCUCUACUUCUUGACGGGUCACCACAUCUGACACAGGGAACAGUUUGAGGGCCCAUUUACACUCCCCAACUGCAAAUCAUAGUUACAUGCUGAGACAGAAGAUAGCUGAACAAUCUUCUUCCAAAGUAUCACCAAAGAGGCAGAACAGUUCCAGCCUUUGCGGCCCAAUGAGCCCACUGACCCAUGUCUUAGCACAACGGCCACGUCCCACAAAUAGCCCAAACCCCUAGGAAUGUGUGUGUGUGAUCAAAAAAUAUAUUUUUUAUUCUUGAUUAAUCAUUUUUUAAUAUAUAAAAUAUUCAUACAGCUAGAUAUUUACUAAAGAACCAAGGGCCCAUACCGCGCUCAGGACCAUAGCAGUACUGUUCCAUGAGGGAUUUAAACCUCCCACCACCUGUUACCCACCCUCAUGUACCCCAUAAGUUAUUUUAUGCUCCAGCCUGAUGAAAGUGCAGAAUGGACCCAGCAAGUUUGAAUGACCGGAACCACUGGAGUGGGGCUGGAUUGAAUAAUAUUUUAUCACUAUUUCUUUUAAUUAUUCAUAAUGGUUUGACAAUGCUAUAUUGAUUUAAAUCUGCAGGAGAUAACCACUGAUCUGCUUGUCUCAAUAUUCACCUAGUCUCAGGAAUGCAAUACACUAAAAUCGUUACUUAUGUAAUUGUCCAAUGUAUGAUUUUACAAAUAUUAUACUUCGGACAAUUAAAGAAGUAACUGGAACAAGAGUUGAAUAAAGUUCUACAAUCUCUAAAAACUGGAAGUAGACACAGUUUUGGUUACUAGUGUAAGACUGAUUAAAAGGAAUGUAGCCAGUGAUGGGUGGGGGCACCCCAUCCUGGGUUGUUCCCUGCCUUGCGCUGGACCCCCCCCCCCCAAAAAAAUAAACCCUGAAUAGGACAAGCAGGUACAAAAAAAUGGAUGGAUGGAUGGAUGGAUUGACAGGAACUGGAAGUAUAAGUAACAAACCAGGUAUGGCAACACACGUGGCUGUUAUACUUUUGCCCAUUCAGCACCAGCUGGCUGCAGUGAUUCCGUCACUCAGAGCCUCUUCCCAAUACAGCUUUAUGCUUCUGUACUAGUGGAAGUCAAGGUGCUUCUUUAAAUAUGGACUCAAAGCAUCGCCUGAGUACUUUUUAAAUGCAAUAUUACUAUACAUUACUUUGAACUUUAUUGAUAUUGAACAAAGCUGUCACUGAAGCCUGUGUUUUAUUUAAUUCUGGGUAAUAGCUUUGUGGAACAAUGUGCAUUUUUGGGGCAGUGUGCCUUUGCCUAAGAGUCAGACGGUGUGGAAUAAUUGGAGAGAAAAUUUUCAAAACUCAGUCAGUCCGUUUGUUGUUGUUUUUGAGAUGAGGCCGCCGAUGACCUGAAGUCAGGCUUCCUCAUCGUAUGUUAAAGUACAGGGAACCAAAACUCAC